AUAUAAAUAGGUAUUCCGCAUAUCAAAUAUAAAACAAUCUUAAAUAUCUUUUUUGCUUUAAAAAUAAGAAAGAAAAAAAACGAGCCAUGGGUAAAAGUAUUUUGGUUUUCUCUGUCGUUAUUGUUUUUCUCUUCUCUAUUGCAUAUGCAACUUCUGGAAUCGGAACUUUCUACACAACUUACAUUCCAUCGGCAUGUUACAAAAAUACGCCAGAAGGAGUGAUGAUAGCUGCAGCGAGUGAUACAUUAUGGGACAACGGUCGAGUUUGUGGCAAAAUGUUCCAUGUGACAUGCACCGGACCUCGUAACCCCGUGCCUCACCCCUGUACCGGUAAAACUGUGACUGUUAAAAUCGUUGACCAUUGUCCCGCUGGCUGUGCUUCUACUAUCGAUCUCUCCUUUGAAGCUUUUUCUCAGAUCGCUAAUCCUGUCGCUGGGAUCAUUAACAUUGAUUAUACGCCGGCCUAAAUGUCGAUGGAGUUCUCAAGGAAAAUAAUGCUCGGAUCUAGAAAACCGUAAUUGUAUUGCCAUUAUAGCUUUGUAAUUGUAUUCAAAAUACUAAUAAAAUCCCCGAGUUUCAUA